CCUCUUUCACUAUUAUCAAUCUUCAUUGUCAUAGUUAAUAUCAAACUGCAUAUAUAUACUAAUCUCAACACUGCAAAACCACCCGUAAUCAUGGGGGAAAACAUCAUGCUUCUGCAGCUGGCCUGGAUUUUCCUCUCCGGCCUAGCUUUAACAUUGGCCGCCACCAAUUCCACCACCAUCCCCGACACGUUCAACAUUUCAAAAGCCCCCGUCAUCACCAAGCCUGGUUGCCCCAGCAAAUGUGGCAACCUCACCGUCCCCUACCCUUUCGGCAUCGGUAGAGGCAGCGGCUGCGGCAUUGACCCCUGGUUCGAACUCAACUGCAGCAACGCCUUUGACCCUCCCCGAGCCUACCUCGGCAAUAUUCAAAUAUACGAUAUCUCCGACAACCAAAUGCGCAUCUCCAACGUCAUGGCCAGGAGAUGCUACGACAGAGCCGGCGACGUUUCCCAGACAAACUACGCCUCCUCAGACAUCACCGGAACUCCUUACAGCUACUCCUCGCUGAACAAGUUCACCGUCCUUGGCUGCGAUGAUUUCGCUCUGGUCACCGGCGGCGGAGGCCGGAACUUCACAAGCGGCUGCGUUUCGCUCUGCUCGAGAGCAGAAGAUGUGAUCAGUGGAUACUGCUCGGGUAUAGGCUGCUGCCAGACUUCCCUGCCCAAGGGGCUCAAAUUCUACUUGACGGAUCUGAGCAGCUUGAGGAAUCAUACGGGGGUUUCAUCAUUCAACCCGUGUAGUUAUGCGUUUCUUGGAGAGGAACAACGGUUCGUUUUUCGUGGGGCGUCCGACCUCUCCGACCCGAAUUUCAUGCAACGGGUCCUGACUACGGUGCCCAUCGUGCUUGACUGGGCGAUUGGGAAUUUGACUUGUGCAGACGCGGAGAAAGCUGCAGAUUAUGCCUGCAAGGCUAACAGUUACUGCGUUGAUUCAGAUACGGGGUUGGGUGGGUACCGGUGCAGCUGUAACAAAGGGUACGACGGCAACCCGUAUCUCGAUCCGGGUUGCACAGAUAUCGAUGAAUGUGCGGACCCAAACCUUAAUGACUGCGAAAAGUUUAUGUGCAUCAACACUCUGGGAGGUUUUAACUGUUCUUGUCCACAUGGAAUGUAUGGGGAUGGCAGAGAGGAUGGUCGAGGUUGCAACGCUUAUACAUCGGAGUUUCCUGUAAUGAAGGUGGCUUUAGGUAUUGGGUUCGGGUUUUUAUCCCUAGUGAUCGCAGUAACUUGGCUAUACUUUAGCCUCAAGAAAAGAAAGAUCAUAAAACUCAGGGAAAAAUUCUUCCAGCAAAAUGGUGGUUUGUUACUGAAACAACAAAUCUCUUCCAACGAAGGUUCUGUGGAUCAAUCCACCAAAAUAUUCACGGCUGAAGAGCUGGAAAAAGCUACCAAUAACUAUGCAGAUGAUAGAAUCCUUGGCAGAGGUGGAUACGGCACCGUCUACAAGGGAAUUCUACCUGAUAAUCGCAUAGUUGCUAUCAAGAAGUCCAGAGUGAUGGAUGAAAGUCAAAUAGAACAAUUCAUCAAUGAAGUAGUCAUUCUCACACAGGUCAAUCAUCGAAACGUUGUCAAGCUUUUGGGAUGCUGUUUGGAAUCCGAGGUCCCUUUAUUAGUCUAUGAAUAUGUCUCCAAUGGGACACUCUUUGAGCACAUCCACAACAAAGGUGCAAUGACUUGGUUAUCCUGGGAGAAUCGUUUACGGAUUGCCUCUGAAGCUGCCGGUGCCCUGUCUUACCUUCAUUCAGCAGCUUCAAUUCCCAUUAUCCACAGGGAUGUAAAAUCGGCCAACAUUUUACUAGACGAAUCUUACACAGCCAAGAUAUCAGAUUUCGGGGCUUCCAGGCUAAUCUCCCUGGACCAAACAGAAGUAACAACGCUGGUCCAGGGGACACUAGGAUACCUGGAUCCUGAAUACUUCCACUCAAGCCAAUUAACUGAAAAAAGUGAUGUCUACAGCUUUGGGGUGGUGCUUGCGGAACUCCUGACAGGGAAAAGGCCGAUCGACAUGGAAAGGGGACAAGAAGAACGAAACCUGGCAACUUAUUUCAUCAUGGCAGUAAAAGAAAAUCGACUGUUCCAAAUCCUGGAGCCCCGAGUGGUUAGAGAGGGAUCCCUGGAGCAGCUCCAGGCAACUGCUCAACUAAUAAAGAGAUGUUUACAUCUGAAUGGGGAAGACAGGCCGACGAUGAAGGAAGUGGCUAUGGAACUUGAAGGUUUGAGGAAGUUUACUAAGCAUCCAUGGGCUCAACAACCUGUUCAUCAUGAAGAAUCUGUGGGGUUAUUAAUGAGUGAUCAGAUGGGAUCUGCAGAUCUUUAUACUGCUCCAAUUACUUCAGCUGAUCUAUACACUGUUCCAAUCAGCUCAUAUAACAGCACUGGAGAAUCCUCAGGGCAGUACAGCUUGAACAGCACUCCAAGUCAGAUGUUCUUCCCCCAUGUGAACAGCCCUCGUUGAAGAGAAUGCGUGCGUGCCAAAAUUUGGUGCUAUGUUUUGAUUUAGUUUUGCUAUUUCCGUUUCUCGUGCUCGUUGUAGAUUUUUAUGUUCAUUCAAUUGUUGUAUGCUUGCAAACGUACUUGUCAUGGAUUUUACUGGAUGUGAGUUCUUCUAAUAGGAAUGUAAGGCUAGUCGCCUCCCCUCCCAUUUGAAAAUAAGCACCAACAUUGGUAAAUGUAAAUUCUCUUGCUGGAGACAA